AUGGCCGCAUUAGACGAUCGUGAAGCGGGCAACAACCUUAAUGUAAGUGUUGAGGAUGGUCAUCUUAUUGCUGGGGAUUUUGAUUUCACCGAAGAAUUGGAAAGCCCAUUUCAGAAUUUGGAUGCAGAUACUGAGGAGUUGGAUAUUUCACAUUUUGUUGGCGACCUGAGAGCCCUAAUGGUAGAUGAUAGUGAGGAUGAAAUUGUGCUGGAUAGUGAUGAUGAACCUAUCUCUGAGCAAAAACAGGGAAAAAUAAGAGGACGUUUAUGGCGACAUGCACAAUCAGUAGUUGAUGUUCGUUCUUCAGCGGGAAGCAAUUUGACAGACAAAGUAACUGAUAAUAUUCCCAGUGAAAGAAAAGAAGAGAGAAACUUAGUGUCACAUAAUGAAAAUGAAACUGGGAGCAGGGAUACAGACACAAGAUGUUCAAAAGGAGAUAAGCUUGUUAAUUUGAAUGCCUCUUCCAAUAAUUUUGAGGGUGAGAAUGCAGUAGUUGAUGAAUCUCAAGAACCUGGAGAAUCAUCAGAAGCUGAUGCAUUGGACUUUGUGGAUCAUUUUCUGUCAGUUAGUGCUGUAAACUCGUCUCCAGAAGUCAAGAUUCUGAAAUAUGAUGGGCCAAGAUCACCUUUUAGUUCAUGUGCAAAAGGGUCCCAAAAAUUGGCAAUGAAGACCAGUUUUAUGACCAAAAUUGGUGUUUCAACCUUCGAUUGGGAUAACGAUCAACCUGAUCAUGGAGGGGGGUUCUUUUUGGAAAAGAAAACAGAACCCGACAUGCAAAGAGAUAAACAUGUGAGUGAAAGAUGCAAAUCCAAACAGGUGCCUGGAAAUGAUAGCAAUGAGAGGGAUGAACCACCAGAUAUGUUUGAUGUUGGUUUUAACACUCAAAUGGCAGCUGAAGCUAUGGAAGCCUUGCUAUAUGCCACACCUCCACAUAUUGAUGUUAAUGAACAUAAAAGGGUCAAGAAUCCACCCAUUGAGAAUCCAUCCAAAAAGUUCUCAUUUCCUUUGAGUGCUAACUGUGAUUCACAAACCAAUGGAAUAAGUUUUAAGCAAAAGAGGGUUGCUAACAAAAGACAUAAAAUGUCUACUUCCUUCCACAAUAAAAACCAAAGAGAGUUGAAUCUUGAGUUACCGAAUCUAGGAAAGGCUGAAAACUGCACAAAUGGGGAUAAUCUUACUGAACCAAAGAAGAAGGUUUAUGAGAAAUCUUUGAAAGUUUAUAAACGAAGGAAGCAAAAACAAGAUGCAGACAAGGAAAACUUAAAACCAGAUAAUGAAGUUAAAACCUUUUCACCUGUGGCUUCUCGAACCAGACGUGGGUCCUCUGUAAAACGUUCACAAAGGACUGCAGAUGCAACAUAUAAUGGUAAGCAGAUUGAUGUACUUCAUAAAACAAAAUUGGGUGAUUGGAAGUUUGAUACAUGGAAGUGGCCCAAAAAGAGAAGGACAUGUAGAAAUAUGAGACAAAAUGCAAAAUUAACAAACACCUUAAAUGUUCAAUCUUCUGUAGUCAAGGGUGGCAAUGGUGAGAUGGAAGGGAACUUCAGGGAAGCUUCUUUCAUGUCAAGUGUAAAGAGGAAAGCACGCUCUGCUUCCAUAUACAGGUCAACAUCUGGAAAGAAACUUAGCAACACUAAAUGUGUUUCAAUGAGGAUAAAGAUGAUUCCAAAAACUUUAAAUGAAUUUGAACACUCAUUCGAAUCUAUACCAGCUUUAGGUGGUGAGGAGAAGAUAAAAGAUUUAUUAUCAAAUGGAAAGAACAAGACACCAUCCAUUAUGAGUAGCGCCUCUAGGACUUCUGAUCAGGUAGGUCCACCCCGGAAGCAACUGCACAAGAAAAGCUCUACAAGUUCCUCUCUCAGGAAUGAGCUUCCUAGAUUGGGAUUUUCCGAAUCUGCCCCUGAUUUUAUGUCAAAGGAUUUGAGAAGACGUAGGAGUAAGGUAGAAAUCCGUGUCUUGUUCAGCCAAAGCCUUGAUGAUGAUGUGGUUAAGCAGCAGAGAAAGAUUCUGAAAAAGUUGGGAACUUGUAUGGCAACGGAUUGCUCAGAUGCUACACAUUUUGUGGCUGAUAGAUUUGCAAGAACAAAGAAGAUGUUGGAAGCAAUGGGUUUGGGAAAACAAAUUGUGACACCCUUGUGGCUAGAGAGCUGUGAUCAGGUAGGGUGUAUUAUUGAUGAGAAAAAUUACAUCCUUAGAGAUGCUAAAAAGGAAAAACAGAUCGGCUUUAGCAUGCCUGUUUCAUUGUCUCGUGCAACAACACAUCCACUUCUAAAGGAUCGAAGAGUCUUCAUUACCCCAAAUGUAGAACCUGACAGAGAAAUGAUUAAAAACUUGAUCAAGGCUGUUCAUGGUCAGGUCAUGGAAGACAUUGAGCAAGCUAGCAUGGAGUGCAAGACCUCAGAUGAUAUGUUAAUACUGUCUUGUGAACAAGAUUAUGUAUUAUGUGUUCCAUUCUUAGACAAAGGUGCAGCAGUUUAUAGUUCAGAACUCUUACUAAACGGGAUCAUUAUUCAGAAACUAGAAUAUGCCAAGCAUCAACUGUUCAAGGGGCAUAUUAUAAUGAAGCGCUAUGCAAGGAAACGGAAGAAAAAUGGAAGUGGGGAUCUUGAUGUAGUGUAG